UACUUUGUUAUGUUUAAUGAGAGGUGUGUAACGGUGUAAAAUGAAUCAACUUCUUAUAAUGUAACACACCAUAUUGGAUCUAAUAAUGUGGUAUAUCUUGGCUUUUGUGACAGUUGUAGCUGGUCUUCCCACGACACCAAUUAGCAAGCCAGAUUUGACUGCGGUGGAACAUGAUCAGGAGCUUUUGAUACACGAUUUACAACGCUCUCGUGCGGCUGCUGUUGAACUGAAGGAUAAGCUUGAUAAAAUCGAAGCAUCUAAGAACCGGAGCGAUAGCGUGCUUAACAUAUCGAAUUUGGUGGCAGAUAUUACUGAUCCCCCUGUAGAGGCAUCUCAUGGUGCGAAAUAUACGCCACCAAUCAUCAUUUUACUUCCUGAGGCUCCUUCUGAGAGGGAAAAAUGGGAAUAUGCCAUUACUUUGCGAUGUUUGGGACAGCCAAACUUCAGUCCCUUCGAUAAUAUUCACAACUCGAAAAUGCUAGAGAUUGCCACAAUAAAGGGGCGCACUGUAUCUGAGAUUCAAAAGGAGAUCAGACAGACAGAAGCGGAAUUGGAGCAGACUCGCAAAGAACUUAAUACUAUGGUUUCCACCCUUGCAGACACGCAUGAUGGAUCGUACAGUGAUCGCACUAAAAAGCUUCACUUAUCGCACAAUAUCAAAUUAGUCAAGCAUGAAAUCUCAGUUUUGGAAACUAAGUUGGAAAGACUACACAAACGCCUGAAUGCGACUAUGUUAUUUAGUAAGACUGGGCAUCGCGAUAAAGCUGGACAUGGUGACGAUGAGGAACCUAAGAAUGACGAUGAAGGUGAGGAAGAUGAUACAACGAAUGAUGAGGACGAAAAUGAAUCGUCACCUUCUGACGAAAGCAACGAAUAUGAUGAAGAGGAAUAAACCUCUACAUUCCAAUCGCAUGGGAAAACACUUUUACCGCACAUUUUAAUUUUGUAUUACUUU